ACUUGGGGAAGAAGAGACAUCAGCAGACUCAAAAUCUGCUGCAAGAGAAGUUUGAUUUUGAGUUUGAUUAGAUUCAGGAUCAGAAUCCCCACUUCUCCUACCACUAUUAAAAGAAAAGCUGACCCAAACCUCUCUCCUUUGCUCAUCUCUCUUGUAACCAAUUUCUUCUUCAUCAACAGGCAUCUUGUAUCUACAAACAAGACACGACCUAUGAAUCCCAAGCCACUUCUCUAUAUAUUUAGUGUGAAACCUAUGCUUACAUGGCAUCUCUUUCCCCAUCUCACCAACCUCAUACUCUUCUAAACACACUACACACUCACCCACUUCCCCUUCUUUUUCAUCUUCACUAUCACCAAUCUCGAAACUCCGCAGAGCCUCCACAGACGCCUUGGAAGCUGGCGGUUGACCAUCUUUGGAUACUAAGUUCCUCAUCAAAGAAUCCAAACUUGACGUUCCUUCAAUCACCACCAUUCCUUGAGUCAAAGGGUUAAUUAGAAUAAUUCUCCCACUCGAAUUCGUAGUUUUUCUUGAUCUGUGUGUUCAGGAUUACUCUCUCUCGUGGAGAUGUUACCCGUGAAACCCAAAAUAAAGGGAAGAAAUAAAGACAUAUCUUUGUGCCUCAAGAGUCGCUCAAACAAAGAAGAAAUCUCAGGAGUUUCAGCUUCAGAGGCCAUGGCAGCAAGCGAAAGAUCAGAGAAGUGAAGAAAGCGUGGAGAGAAAUCUGAAUAAGCGAAUAAUGGAAUUGUGGGGAGAGAAUUGGAAAGGAAAUAUAAGGUAGCGCACAGGAAGAGAGGAAGGUUGUGGAAAGAUCUGGAAUACCGAGUGAUAAGUUUUUUUUUUUUUUUUUUUUAAAUUUCAAAUUUGCGGGUCCACGGGUACUCGCGGGUAGUACCCGGUCCAUCCACAAAAGUCACGGGCGGACCAGGUACGGGUCAGAUUCUCACGGGUCAAAAUAUGUAUUACCCGUACCCGCCCGUUGGGUGCGGGUACCCGUUGACCCGCGGGUACACCCGCGUGUUUGCCAGGUCUAAUGGUAAGGUACAAUUUUUUCUUGUACGGGACGGUACGGUUCAGUUCAACUAUAAAAUGGAACCGUUUUGUUUGUCUACUCCUGAAACUGGGCCUAAGAUUGUUGGGCUUAAUCCAUUUCUCCUUGGGUCACUAAACUGGGCCUAGAUUGUUGGGCUUAGUCCAUUUUCUCUUGGGUCAUUAAACUGGGUCUUAAGGCCCAACUACAUUUUCAGAAGUCCAAUAAGUAAAUUAACCUUCAUAUCUUCUUCCUCCUCAAAGACUCGCAGCUGUUACAAUCCAAGCAAGGAACGAACAUCAUUUUACCAGAGAAGCUCCGUCAAAUGGGAUACGUUCAGGAAGCACGAGAGAAUCACGUGAAGAAGAAAGUAGAAGAAGCUUUGCGGAGUAAAAUGAAGCAAAAGGCGUUAAAAGAAUGUGAUCGUUACACGUCCAAGUAUGCUGAAUGUGCUGCUGGAAAAACACUUUCGAUUGUGUGGCAGUGUCGCAAACAAGCUAAAGAGUUAAACAAUUGCCUUCAUCAAUACACUAAUGACGCUGUCUUGGAAGAAAUGAAAAGAGAAUAUAUGCUUCAGCAGGAUGGAAAGGAGGCUGCAAGAAUCUGAGCUAGGUGACAUCAUCCAGUGUAUGGAAUUCCCACAAUAGGGCUUGUGUUGUAUGAUUCAAUUCUCUUCAUCGGUAUGCUAAUAAUAUAUUUCUGGGGUUCCUGUCAUUUACCAUGAAACUGGUUCUCUCCACUGAUAUACAAGCUACACUUCUGUAUUAAAUUUUUUUUUUUUUGGCA